GUCGCAUUCCCUGUAGAGUCGCGACAACAUCAUCGCCUCGUCCAUCUCCCUGAUAUUGCCCUUAGUGCCUAGAUCCCCUACAUAUGUCUUCGCGAGUGGUGCCUUUGCAGUCCAGUUUCCACGUCGCCAGCGAGUUGCGAUAGUUGCGCGACAAAUCGACAUGGCCGAAUCCGAAACCGCAGAUGCGCCCGUGACCGAGCCAGUCGAGUCCAUCGAAGUCGAGCCCGCUGUCAAGGAAGAGGAUGCAGCCGACGACAAAUCCGACAAUGAAGGCGACGGUGCCGAAGAAGCUGAAGAAGCUGACGAAGCUGACGAAGCUGAGGACGCCGCCGGAGAAGGACAAGAGGAGCCUCCCGUCUCUGUUGACCAGUACAGGGCUUUGAAAAACAUCACCGAUAUCGUGUCAAACUACAAGACCAAAGUCAAGGAUGAGGACUACUAUCCUGCUCAGCUCUUUAGGCGCAAGCCCAACCGACGAGUCCUACCAGAUUACCACGAAAUCAUCAAGGACCCUGUGGCUCUCAGUACUCUUAAGCAGAAGAUACAAAGAAAGCAAUACACGGGCAUCCCUGAGUUCGUCCGCGAUUUUGCCUUGAUUGUCCACAACGCGCAGGUAUACAACAGACCGAAUUCGGCCCCCGUACGCGACGUCCUUCUUUUGCAGACGGUUUUCAAGGAGGAACUCAAGAAGCUGGUGGAUGAAGGCUUGAUCCAAGAAGAUGAAACUGUCUUCCCAGAUCUCGGAGAGAUUCCCGAUGCAACCCCUGAGCCGAGCCCAGUGUCCGACGAAGACGAAGACAAUGAGGACGACGAGGAUGAUGACGAUGAUGACGAUUCUGAAGACGAUCGCAGGAAGCGAAGACGGAAAAGCGCUCGACAUAGCAUUUCAGGACGGAAGGGUCGCGACGAAGACGAUGACAGACGCGACGACGCAGAUCUUCGGAAGCGACGAGGACGACCCCCCAAGGUGGACACGCCGAUGGAGGCGCGAAUCAAAGCCAUCCUGAAAGGCCUCCGUAAGCCGAAGGACGACGACGGUAACCUGAAAAUCCGUCAUUUUGAGCGAUUGCCCGAUAAGAUGGAGUAUCCAGCUUAUUUUAUUGAGAUCAAAGACCCGAUUGCUCUCGACACCAUCAAGAAGAAGGCCAAAAGAAAGAAAUACCAGUCCCUCGAGCACUUCAUGAAGGAUCUUGAUCUUCUCUUCAACAAUGCAAUGCAAUUCAACGAGGAUGGAAGUGAAAUCUACCAGGAUGCGGUAGACCUCCAAGCAGAAGCACAGAAAUUGGCCGAAAUUGAAAAGGCCAAACCUGACGAAGAAUACCUCAUGGAAGACGGCAGAAGACCCUUGCCAAAUGGGAUUUUCUACAAAAAUGAGCUCUGGAAGGUCGGUGACUGGGUCCAUAUCCAGAACCAAAAUGAUGUGACCAAGCCGAUUGUCGCUCAAAUCUACCGGACUUGGGAGGAUUCUGAUGGCCAGAAGUGGAUAAAUGCGUGCUGGUACUACCGACCAGAACAAACCGUACAUCAGUACGAGAAGCACUUCUGGCCGAACGAGGUGGUCAAGACGGGUCAGUACCGGGAUCAUAGGAUCGAGGAAGUGAUCGAUCGUUGUUUUGUCAUGUUCUUCACCAGAUACACUCGUGGCAGGCCUCGAAACAUCGAUCCCACAAAAGACGUCUAUGUCUGUGAAGCCCGGUACAAUGAGGAGAAGCACAGAUUCAACAAGAUCAAGACAUGGGCCAGUUGUUUGCCUGAUGAGGUGCGAGACAAAGAUUAUGAGAUGGAUUUGUUUGAGGUGCCUCGAAAGAUCAAGAAAGUGCCCAGCCCACUCAAACAUCUCUUGAAGGACACCAUGAAAGAGACGGACGAGAUUCCUUCUCCUCAAUGGGGCCAUCCCAACGCACCGCCAAUCGUGGGUGGAAUCCAUAAACAUGCCCGCGACGAAAAUCAAUCGCCGCCCCCGGAACCGACGCCUCCGCCUCCUCCUACACCACCAGCGCCGAUUGCGAGACAGCCUUCGAUGAGCACUGUCGCCAACAUGGCACAACGUCCCAUGCCGAAUGGCGCAGGAAGUCACGUUCCACCGAGUCUGCAAUCUCAGAUGACACGCCCAUCACCCUCUUUGACUCCCAAUACAUUCCAACACCAGUCAAUCUCGCCUGCGCCUCAAUAUGGCCGACAGACCUCCUAUCAACAAUCACAGCCACAAUCCCAUGCAACCAUUGCACCCCAGACCCCGGCCUCCCAGCCAUCACACCAUCCUUAUAACCCGCACCCCCAAAUCCACCCGCAGCCGACAUUGACUCCCGCCCACCCCGCAAACUACUCAUCUUCUACCACUCCCUCCCAGGGGAUGUACAAUCGUCCACCUCAAGUACAACCAGCUGGUGCCGCCACCAUCAACCCGGCUCAAUCAUAUGGACCUUUUGCCUCGACGGCCGCCACCACUUACCCCGAUCAGCGCGUCGCCGAAGUCUUUGUGCUCUCGGACACGGCCAAUGAAUCGAUUCCGAAACACAUCCGUGACCAAUUCCCACAAGACGAUCAAGGACGUGUGCUGUUCUUCACGAGGCCGCCUGUCCUUCAUGACAUGACUGUCAAAGGUAAAGAUGGGCAACCACUGAUGCAUACGGAGAAAUACCUCCAGGCCAAGAAAGAGAAGGAACGGCUGAGGGAGGAGAGGAAACGGGCAAGAGAAGAAGCCGAGGAGGCUGGGAGGAACACGAUGAAACGUGCGAGGAUUGCUGUUUGAACAGGAGCUUUCAUAUGGGAUUGAUUGUGACGUACCCUGUGCGAGUUGGACUGAAGAAAUUCCAAGAGGACACGGAGAGAUCUAUAAUGUAUUAGUCUCAGCCCAGCGUCGGCGCUGGCGGAUAUCUGAUGGCUUAGACGCACCAAAGCCCUUAUUUCC